UUUUUGUGCUUUGUCAUUGUGUGAUAUGACACACAUGUCUUGUCGGGUAUAAGUGCGCUGGCUUAUAACCAACUAGACACUCACCCGUUUUGUUAGUUAAAUGUUUAUUAUAUAUAUUCCAUCUCCUACCUACCCAAUCGACUAGUCAAUCUCUCAUCCAAAGACAUAUGGGCUUCGUUUCAUUUUCAUUACUCCAUUGAGCUUAAUUACAUUCUUGUAAGGGCCUUUGGAAAUGAAAGCCCAUUUAAUUUUAGGAUCACCGACGGGAAUUUAAUAAAAAAUGGUGAUGGUCCAAUCGGAAGUCCAAGCCUCUCCGUCGAGAGACUCCGAUGUCGGAACACCACCAGUACUUUUUCCGAGGGGUAUACAAGACGAAAGAGAGAAAUAUCUUUGGCCGGAAAGAGCAAGCUGUCAAGGCCACAGGUAAAGUGCCUUCUUGCGUGUAUAUCAAGAACCGUUACAAGUUGGCCACGUGGAAGAUCUCAAUACCGUUGGGUUGCAAAAAAGGGUCCAUGCCUUAUUACACCUUUCCCUUGGAUGUUUCUUUUGCAAGUUGGAACUCUGACAAUCGGAGCCAUCGCUCUCAUCCUGCGGCUGUAAAUUAUCCUCUCCAUCAAAAGUAUCGAAUUUGCAUUACAAUUGUUCACUUACAAGUAAAUACUAAUGUGUUUUAACACUAUUUGUAUUAUUUUGUGAAUCUAAUAAUCAUGGGUUCUAUACAAGUACUCCAUUAUCAAAUUA